AGAAAACAAACCCAGGCGAUCACAGCAGCAGCCGCCGCGGCAGCAGCACCAACAGCAGGAGGAGCAGGAGGAGCAGGAGGAGGAGGAGGCAAAGUUGGAGUUGGGGCUGGCGCUCCGGAGUUGCUGGACUCAGCGCAGCUCCCAUUCAUUAAGGAACCAGCUGCGGAGGAAGGUGGCCUAGCGCCCGCGCUGCCCACUCGCUCGCUCGCGCACUCAGAAGCGCGCCAGCCCAGCGCGCCCCAAGCUGCGGCGGUCUGCAAAAGUUUCUGCUCGGGAUCUGGCUCUCUUCCCCUUGGACUUUCGAACGAUUUGGGGUUGAGAGAGGAAAGCAGAGGCGCGCAGGAGGAGCAGAAAACACCACAUUCUGCAGUUGGAGGCAGGCAGCCCGGGCUGCACUCUCGCCGCCGCGCCCGGAGCCGGGGCCGACCGGCCACUCUCCGCAGCAGCCUCGGCCAGGAGGCGACUCGGGCGCCUGGGUGUGUGGCUGCUAUUGCGGGACGUCUUCGCGGGGCGGGAGGCUCGCGCCGCAGCCAGCGCCAUGCAAAACUACAAGUACGACAAAGCGAUCGUCCCGGAGAGCAAGAACGGCGGCAGCCCGGCGCUCAACAACAACCCGAGGAGGAGCGGCAGCAAGCGGGUGCUGCUCAUCUGCCUCGACCUCUUCUGCCUCUUCAUGGCGGGCCUCCCCUUCCUUAUCAUCGAGACAAGCACCAUCAAGCCUUACCACCGAGGGUUUUACUGCAAUGAUGAGAGCAUCAAGUACCCACUGAAAACUGGUGAGACAAUAAAUGACGCUGUGCUCUGCGCCGUGGGGAUCGUCAUUGCCAUCCUCGCGAUCAUCACGGGGGAAUUCUACCGGAUAUAUUACCUGAAGAAGUCGCGGUCGACGAUUCAGAACCCCUACGUGGCAGCACUCUAUAAGCAAGUGGGCUGCUUCCUCUUUGGCUGUGCCAUCAGCCAGUCUUUCACAGACAUUGCCAAAGUGUCCAUAGGGCGCCUGCGUCCUCACUUCUUGAGUGUCUGCAAUCCUGAUUUCAGCCAGAUCAACUGCUCUGAAGGCUACAUUCAGAACUACAGAUGCAGAGGUGAUGAUAGCAAAGUCCAGGAAGCCAGGAAGUCCUUCUUCUCUGGCCAUGCCUCCUUCUCCAUGUACACUAUGCUGUAUUUGGUGCUAUACCUGCAGGCCCGCUUCACUUGGCGAGGAGCCCGCCUGCUCCGGCCCCUCCUGCAGUUCACCUUGAUCAUGAUGGCCUUCUACACGGGACUGUCCCGCGUAUCAGACCACAAGCACCAUCCCAGUGAUGUGCUGGCAGGAUUUGCUCAAGGAGCCCUGGUGGCUUGCUGCAUAGUUUUCUUCGUGUCUGAUCUCUUCAAGACUAAGACGACGCUCUCCCUGCCUGCCCCUGCUAUCCGGAAGGAAAUCCUUUCACCUGUGGACAUUAUUGACAGGAACAAUCACCACAACAUGGUGUAGGUGCCACCCACCUCCUGAGCUGUUUCUGUAAAAUGACUGCUGACAGCAAGUUCUUGCUGCUCUCCAAUCUCAUCAGACAGUAGAAUGUAGGGAAAAACUUUUGCCCGACUGAUUUUU